CCGGUAACUAAAAUGGGACGAUCAUUGAGGCUAAUUUGCUUCCUUUUAGUGGCGUUUGGGAUAUUCGUGGACGCACAAAAAGUCAAACGAAUAUACGAGUCGGAAAACUUCUUCGUGACCAACGAAAAGCUCAACUGGUUCGGCGCCGUCGAGUAUUGUGAAGGCAGAGGCAUGCGGCUGGCAGUAAUCGAUACGCUGGCAAAGAAAAAUGAAGUCCUCGCUCUGCUGCAGGUAUCCUAUUUGGUCUUCAACCCGGUCAGAACGCUACUCUGGCUGGGAGCUAGCGAUUUGGCCCAAGAGGGCCGAUUUACUUGGCAUGGCACCGGAAAAGCGUUGGCUGACGGCUACAGCAACUGGUAUCCCGGCGAACCGGAUGGACUAGGCGUCGAGCACUGCGCGGCAAUUCACCAUGAACCGGCGGCAAAUAGGAUCUACAAUUGGUACGAUGUCAGGUGCACGGAGCAGUAUUUCUUUGUUUGUGAGAAACUAACAUCUUGCUGAAGAAAAGCCAUAUAUUCCCUACUUUGCUUGCCAUAGCCAUAUAUCACUCUACUAUGUAAGGAAAAU